AUGAUUCGACUAGGGGUGGAUGAAAAUAUUCUAAGGAAUAUUUACCAAGAAAUUGAGCCUAAUCAGCUUGGGGUGGAGAAGGAAGUCACAGAAGAGAAUAGAUAUGGGCAAGCAUCCCACAGAUUGGCCUGGUUUUGGAAUGUCAACAAUGUUCUGGAUUCUCAGCAAGACCCUUGGAUGGAUGAAUUAUUAGUUUACAGGGUUCAUUGGUUGAAAGCCAAGGCCAGAUGGCAAAGGUGGGAGGAGGAGCUGAGUUUGGUCCAACAUGAGAUGGGUUGGACACUGCUUAAAGCAAGUUUCCCCACUGCUUUGGGAUCUUCGGGUUACUGUCUUUUCAUAUCUGCCUUCAUGCUCACAUCCAAGAUGGAGGGCAAGAUGUAUCAGUAUCUGGAGUGGGAACUUAAUGUGGAUCUGCUGGGCUAUCUGUCACAUACCAAAUAUAUGCCGGCCGGGCUAUCUGUCACAUACCAAACAUAUACUGGCCAAGCUAUCUGUCACAUAACAAGACCGGCCAGCCCACUUGUGCACUAUCAGCUGUGCAUCCAGCCAGCCCUGAAAGUUGAGGUCUGGUCAGUCCAACUUUGGGCACCAGCCGCUAACGAGGUACAUACAGUGGUCAAGGCUAGCUGGGACACAUUCUACAAUCAUUUUUUAUGUCCGGGGCACCGGUUCUACGUAGGCAACUUCAAAUGUACCAAAAAAAUAGUGAAGGCCAUGCACACUGCUGCCUUGGAAUGCGCCAAAGCGGAGAUUGAAGGGCAAGAAGUAGAAGAGUUGUAUGCCAGUGACGUGUCUGAGAAUGACAGCACCGGAGUCAUGAGUAAGAGUUAA